ACACCAUUUCAACAUCACAGGCGACAGAUACACCUCUUGGUGAGUUUCGCAAGCAUCAAGGGCACUGCAAGUAUAUAAUAAAUAAAGAGAUAGAAUUUGUCAUGACUCCAAUGAGCAUCGCCCACUACGUGCCUUUCCUCGUCUCUUCACCCAGCAUGAUGCUUCGUCUGGUACUUUCGGCGGUGUCGGUAGCGGUGGUGGCGGCCUCACCUGCCAUUCCAUUGGCAGCCAAGGCGAUGUACAACUCGGACCUCUUCCAGGGUGACAUAAAGGGCAUCGCUGGACAGGAGCCUGGGCACGAGAGGGCGGCCAUCCUGGGGCCGCAGUACCUGUGGUCCGGCGGCGUGGUCCCCUACGUCUUCGGCAGCUCCAUCACCUCGAAUCAGAGAGACAUCAUUCUUCAGGGUAUGAACGACUUCCAUACCAAGACCUGCAUCAGGUUCGUCGAAAGAACCACUCAGCACCACUACAUCGAGAUUGUCUCCAACGACAGCGGGUGCUGGUCGUACGUGGGCAAGAUGGGAGGCAAGCAGCGGGUGUCUCUUGACGUCAACGGCUGCAUCUACGUGGGCACGGCCAUCCACGAGCUGAUGCACGCCGUUGGGUUCUACCAUGAGCACUGCCGCAACGACCGCGACAACUACGUCACCAUUCACUACGAAAACGUCAUGCGAGGGUACGCCUGCGCCUUCGACAAGGACACGAACUGGCAAUACGUGGGCGAGGGUUAUAACUACGCCAGCAUCAUGCAUUACGGCGCGUAUUCCUUCUCCGUGAACUGGGGCGUGCUGGAGACCAUCGUGCCUCUUGACACUAAAGUUGUGCUGCAUGAACCAUGGGAGAAGUACGAGAUGGAGCACAGUGACGCCAACCAGAUCAACAACCUCUAUGCCGCCGAGUGUGCGCGGCGCCACUAAGGAAGCUACUGAAACAAUAUCUGGUACACAUCGCUUUAGCUCUUCAUAAACCAUUACCUUACAUCUACACUAUGUUUCUUCUUUUUUUAAAUGGCAAAAAUUUUUGUGCAUAAUCGAUGUCAUCAGAUUUUUCAUUAGACUUGAUACGGAGUGACGUAAUUCAUUGUCCUGUAAUAAAAGUUGCCUGAUACAAAGGAAAGAAUAAUCAUUUGUACACGCAAUUGGCAACGCAGAAUAGUCGCGCCGAGUGAACCCAUCAUCUGCUGAACGAGACACGGAGCAGCUUAAACUGUUGAAUUUAGACCUAUACUUGUUUUGAUAUGCUUUGGGCUUUCAUAGGAACCAUUUCCAAGAGCCAUGUAUACGAUAAAUUGUUUCCAUAUAGCAGUUUAACUUUAUGAAUGGUGUUGAAUAUUUGUUAGAUUAUUACUAAUAGAAACAUCCUCUAAUAUUUCAAUAAUUUCCACUGGAGUAUGUUGGAAGUGGCUAAGAUAAGAGGCAAAGAUGUUUCAAAGUUCGUUUCCUUGUGUCGUGACAAACUCACUAUCAGCAAAACGCAGUGAAAAUGACCGACAGUGGCGCAGUACUGAACAUCUAUGAGAAGCACGUAUUUUGCUUAAGAUAAUACUGUAGUCUGUUCAAAUUAAGAAGGUAAAUUUACACACACACAAAAAAAGAGCACUCAUUGAAGAAGAGUCAGUAAAGGACUCAGCACACUCACGGAUGGAAGCCUCUAUGACCGUGGUUCCGAAUCUUUUCUGGUUUUAGGUUUGUUCAUUCAAAAUCAAUGUAAAGAAACCAUAUCCCUGAAUGAUAUGGAAAUACUGUGCAGCACAUAAUCAAUAAUAGGAGAGGACGCAAACUGUUAAGUUUUCAGUGUUCGCGAUGUAUACUUUCUUGCAUAUAAGUAAAAAAUAUCGUACUAACUUUCAGUUGAAGAACUAAGAAACUUUUGUCCCAGGAAUAGAGAUGGUAUACAAAGAAAAGAAAGCUCAACGCAAAUAUGUAACCUUAAUUCUACUAUUAAAGCUUUUAUGCCGUAAAUACGUGUUUAGAGACACUAGCUAUUUUGGAAUCUCUGUAUGUCAUAGUAGAAUAUCCAAAAGUACACGAUAAGCAGUAGGCCAACCUAUCUCUGAAAUAUUACGAUAUCUGGUGAAUCUGGCAGCCGCAACGGGAGUUUCUGUCUCUCCUUUUAUUACUAACUAUUUGCAAUGUGUGUUGGCUGGCAUUCGUUUAUCAAAUAGAGAGAGAAAGAGAG